GCUGGCCCGGGCCAAAGGGGGCGGAGCCGGGGCUGCCAGCUCCCGAUGGGAGCCUGGAAAGGGGGAAGCCCGCGCGCUCAGGGGCAGCAGCGAGAGCGGAGCAGGCGGAGCGGCGCUCGCUUUGCCUUGCUGGAUUUGGGGAUCUCCGGCUGGGCAGGGGGGGAGGGGGCGGAGAGAGAGAGAGAGAGAAGCCUGGAUUCUCCUCGCCAAGGGGGGGUUCAGAGCGCUGCAUCGAGGAGGAGGAUGGAGCCUGUGACCAAGUGGAGCCCUAAGCAAGUAGUGGAGUGGACGAAGGGGUUGGAUGAUUGCCUGCAGCAGUAUGUCCAAAAAUUUGAACGCGAGAAGAUAAAUGGUGCUCAGCUAUUACAGAUUUCUCACCAGGAUCUUGAAGAGUUGGGUAUCACCCGGAUUGGACACCAGGAGCUCGUUUUAGAGGCCGUGGAUCUCCUCUGCGCACUGAAUUAUGGUCUCGAAACGGACAACAUGAAGAACUUGCUUCUUAAGCUACGAGCUUCUUCCAACAAUCUGCAAAACUACAUUGGCAGCCGGAGGAAAAGUUCAAAUUAUGAUGGAAAUACCUCACGCAAGCCUCCUAAUGAAUUCCUUACCUCAGUGGUGGAGCUUAUUGGUGCUGCUAAGGCUUUGCUGACGUGGCUGGACAGGACACCGUUUACAGGGAUAGCUGACUUUUCUGUGACUAAGAACAAAAUCAUUCAGCUCUGCUUGGAUCUUACUACCACUGUUCAGAAGGACUGCCCUGUGUCUGAAAUGGAAGAUAAAGUUCUCAGUGUAGCCAAGGUUCUAAAUGGAAUUUGCGAUAAGACAAUCCGAUCUACAACUGAUCCGUUGAUGAGCCAGGGUGCGUGUCUCGAGGAGGUUCAUUUAACUAACAUCAAACCUGGGGAAGGCCUGGGAAUGUAUAUAAAAUCUACUUACGAUGGAUUGCAUGUUGUUACUGGAACAACAGAAAACUCUCCUGCUGAUAGGUCUCAGAAAAUUCAUGCAGGCGAUGAAGUGAUCCAGGUGAAUCGCCAGACUGUGGUGGGAUGGCAGCUGAAGAACCUAGUGAGGAAGCUCCGUGAGAAUCCUUCUGGCGUUACUCUAUUAGUGAAGAAACGCCAUACAGGCUCUUUUAAUUUUACUCCUGCACCACUCAAAAACCUAAGGUGGAAGCCACCACUUGUUCAGACCAGCCCACCUGCAACUACUACCCAGUCACCUGAAAGCAGCAUGGAUGCUUCCCUGAAGAAAGAGAAACCAGCCAUUCUGGACCUUUACAUACCUCCACCGCCGUCUAUCCCAUAUGCUCCUCGGGAUGAGAAGGGGAGUUUUGUUUAUGCAGGAGGCAGCAAACCUAAACAACCCCUACCUGGUUCCAAAGGUGCAGAAUCUCCCAAUUCCUUCCUGGAUCAGGAAUGCAGGAGGAGAAGGUUUACACUUACUGAUUCUGAUCCAUUGCCUGGCUAUUCCAUGGAAGCAAAUAUUUUUCCUGCAAAGAUGAGGGAAAAAACGCAAUCCUAUGGAAAGCCUCGCCCAUUGUCUAUGCCUGCAGAUGGAAACUGGCUGGGAGGUGUAGAACCUUUCUCUAGGCCCCGAGCAAUGGGGAGAAAAGGUGAAAAUGCCCUCUGCCGGUACUUCAGCAAUGAGAGAAUCCCGCCCAUCAUUGAAGAAAGUUCCCCACUUCAGCAUCCGUUUUCCAGGCCUGUGGCGGAAAGGCAGUUAGUGAGGGGUGCAGACUACAUCAGGGGGAGCAGGUGUUUUGUUAAUGUGGAUCUUCACAACAGUGCGACGAUCCCUUUCCAGGAGGAUGGAGCCAAGAAGCUCCCGGUGACCUCCUCCACGAAAUCCUCCUCCACAGAGCGCUCCCUGCUGGUCAGCUGGAUCACGAGACUCAAGUUAUUGACUCACUGAGCUAACUGGCUGCGUUAUGACUUUCUAGGGUAUUUGAUAUUAAGUGCCUUUUCUUCCCCUCCACCUUCACAUGGUUUUGCAGUACCCACAGAGUUACUGAGCAGUUUUGCAUUGUCUUUUAUUUUCUCCCCCUGGAGAAGCUUGCCCUUUCCCCAAUGUUUCUGCCUCGAGAUUCACUGGAGUUGGAGAGAGGGGGUCUGUUUAAGGAGGAGCAGGAGGAGAGACGAGGAGAGAGAUCGCAAGACAUAGCAUUUUUCUACCUGCCCAAGGGUGGAGGGGGAAUUCAGUCCUCUGGAGAAAAACCGAUCAGGCUCGAGUGAUUCAGAGGUCACUGCUGACCUGAAAUCCGCAUGACCCACGCAGAAGCAAUCUCUGCAUCGUAAUGAGGCCUGGUGGCACUUCAUUUGCUACAAGACUCUGAUGCUGUGCAACCUACUGGAUCUGCAGACUAUGUAGCACUCAGCAAAAAAUGGAUUCCUGCGCUGCAAUCCUGACCAAGAAGGAAGAAAAGGGGAGGUUUUCCUCUCCCCCCCCAUCCCUUUUAAGCAACGUGGUUGCACUGCAAGUGACUGGAGACGACUCAACUGUUGUCAGGAAUAAAAUGCAGUUUCUUCCUUUGUUCUGAUUAGUUAUAAACGUGAGGCUAUUUUGGUUGAAGUUAUUAAAAUCUUAGUACAGUUAAACUGUUCUUCCCUGAAUUGCUGCAAUACUCAUCCAAUUAGGACAUGGAUUGCUACAACAUGCCAAGGAAAUGCAUCUCAAGUGACAAUGGUAAAAAUGAAUAUAUCUUAUUGCUUUUUUAUGAUUAAGACUGAAUAGCUGUUAACCAAAGUAUUCUUCUGAAAGCAAUCCCUGCAAGCUUCUGGAGCAUCAACUGUGGUUCAAGGUUGAAUUGGUUUUUAUAGUAUUUGGGCUUUAAAGGCUGACUUGUGAUGAGUUACAUUUUUGUAAGGCAGUUUGCUGUUUCAGAGUGUUGGGGAAGAAACUGUUUGCCAUCAUUAAAUUAGUAGCAUUGGGUGAGAGUUGGGGUGGUCUGUGGAAGGGAGAACUUGCCAGAAGUGUUUGGAUGCAAAUAAUUUGUUGUUUUCAAAGCAAGUGUAGGAAAGAGGGGUUUUUUGUUAGAGAUCCACAAAGAACAUCUUGUUUAAAAUAAUUUAAAAGUAUUUAAAUUACGCUUUCUUUCUUUUCUUUUUCUUAAAAAAAAACACUUAACCUUUUAUGCAGCUUUUACAUUUGUCUCUGACAUCACUGGGUACUAAUUAGCCAAGGCAAAAAAAGGUCACACCCCAUUAAAUUAGUUAUUUGAAUGGUCUGAAAACAGCACCAUCUACACUGAUGAAAGGAAUUCAUCACAUUUUACACUGCUGUCUAACAUGAUAAAUGUGAUCUUGGCAAGCUUUUUUGAGCAGUUUAUAACAAGCAUGGGGAGACAGAUGUUAAAUUAACUGUCUAGGAAACUGUCAACUAUACUAGGUUGAAUGGAUUUGCACAAAUUUUUACCAUUAAAAGAAUGCAUAUGGUUAUAACUAAAUUCGAUCCUGUUUUUCACAAACAAGCUAAAACAAUGACAUAACUUGAUUUACCUUUCAAGCUGAACUGGCUAUUGGUACCAGCCUAGCAAACUUCACCAAAGCUAGUGCAGCUGUUCUGCAUCUUGAUGAUGUUUUCUCAUAGUAUUCAAAACUUUGUGGCUUCAAUUAAAAAGAAGCAGUAAAACAAACAAACAAACCCAAAUGUAAUUGAAAUUGCAGUUCACUUUUUCUUUGAAGAUCCAGGCAAGUAUGAUGUAGAAAGUGAGGUGUAUUGUAUGAAGUUCAAAUAUAAGCUAAAUAUCUCCCUCAGAUAAUGAUAAAGGAAGAUGUAACUAAGAAGAUGGUCUCUCUCUUGAGCCUGAAAUUUUUCGUCCAGUUCAGGAAGUAACCUCUGUUCUCAGGAAAGAAUGAAUAUGUUCAUGUCUGUCUUUAAUUCUUUUGUUAACCAAGAUGGAAGCAUCACAUGAAUUGUUUUGAAACUGUUUCACAUGAGAGAAGGUGGCUAUGACACUGAGUUGUGAACCAAGAAGUCCCAGGUUCAAAGCUUACCAGCAGUACAUUAGGUAAACUCGUAUUUUUCAGGCUCAGUCUCCCUUAGAUUGCAAGGUUAGAAUAAUACGUGAUAUAUUUUCACUGCAGAUAUGUGUAGUAUUUGCCACUCCUAGUAUGCAAUCCAUCUAAAGUACCAUGACAGGCUCUGAUCCUGGUUUUGCAUUGUUUUUAGAAGAAGAGCUCUCAAAAGCAUUAGGCAGGACUAGUUGACACUGCCCUUGACAACUUCUUUCCCUUGAUUGGGCAAUAGAUGCUCAAAACAGAAGCCACUCCUUUGGGGUCAUUGAUGAGCCAAACUUCUAAUUGGUUUAUUUUGAUUUCUGGUAUACUUUUGCUUCUCUGUGAUCUGUUUCCAAGGGCCUUUAACAAGACCUUGAAAAACAGCUAAGGAAGGCAGGAAAAGUGCAGAUAACCCCCCUGGCACCAUAGCCCUGACCAAAAACACUAAUGCAGGACGCUUUGAUAUCUGUAAUUGGAAAGAAUACACCUUAGUAUCUCCUCUUGACAAAUUUCACUGUUGCUUCGUCUACUUAGGAAAACACAGAAUAAAAGAAAAAUUUGCCUCAUUCCACAGAGGCAAAUCCCACAGUUGAAUAAUUUCUCCUAACCAGCAAAGGGCAGAAGUUGUAUGGUACCAAGUUAACGUUUGAGGGAAUGUAUUUACCUGAAAAGUGACCAGAUAAAGAAGUUUAAUACAGCA